AUGCAGUCAAUCCGUCAGUUCCGCAACCUGCGCCAGCAGGUCCAUGAGCAGCUCCACACCCUAAGCGAGAAAGACAUCAGCGUCGCCAUUCCGAAACAGGAAAGCGACAAUUCCGGCGCCGCAUCCGCCCCCAAUGACACUGAUUCCGAACUCGAGAAAAGCAGCGCCGUUGCCAACAGGAUUGACGGCGUAGAGUGUCGCAAACGCAGCGAAGAUGAGGGCGGAACUGGCUUGGUGUUUGUGGUGGGCUGGGGCCAAGACAAUCCCCAGAACCCUUACAACUGGAGCACCGCGAGGCGCCUGGUUGCUACGCUCCUGGUCGCCGCUAUUGCGCUUUCGGUGACAGCUACUUCGUCUGUUGAAGCUGCUGUUACGCCUCAGUCUAGCGCAACUUUUCACGUUAGCGAGACUGCUGGGUCGUUGACAACGGGCAUGUACCUCAUAGGGUUCGCCGUUGGUUCCCUCUUCGCGGGCUCGUUCUCUGAGAUGUUCGGCCGUAAUCUGGUUUACCUGGUAGCCAUGAUCAUCUACAUGCUCUUCAUCAUGGGCACCGCACUUGCGCCCAACUUCGCCGGCGCAAUUAUCCUGCGCUUCUUCUCAGGCUUUUUCGGAUCCACGCCACUCACCGUAGCGGGCGGCACCAUUGCCGACAUUUGGACGCCUCUCGAGGCCGCAUGGACUUUCCCUCUAAUGGCGCUCUUGGCCUUCGGCGGCCCUCUUCUCGGACCAGUCAUCAGUGCAUUCAUCGGAGGCAACAUCAGCUUUCGCUGGGCAGAGUGGCUCAUGCUUAUCCUGGCUGGCGUGGUACUGUCUCUCAUCAUGGCAUUCCAGCCAGAGACGUACUCGCCCCUCCUUCUGCGCUGGAGGGCUCAGCACCUGCGGCGUGCAACCGGUGACGAUCGCUACCGCGCUGAGAUGGAGAUCAAGUCGACGCCGCUUGCUGCAAGGCUGCUAACGGCUCUGUGGCGUCCAUUCGCCUUCGUCAUCACCGAGCCCAUUGUCCUCUUGUUCGCCGUCUACCUCACACUGAUCUACAUCGUGCUCUUCACCUUCUUCAACGGCUUCGCGUACAUCUUCACCAAGCCCUACGGCAUUUCCCAGGGCCUCACCAACAUCAUCUGGCUCGCUGUCUUGCUUGGCGUUUUCCUCGCAGGCCCUCUAAUUCCUAUACUGUACCGGCAAACCGCGCGCGAGCUAGAAGCCGCAAAAGCAGAGGGCCGGCUCUGGCGCCCGGAAAUCCGCCUCUGGUACGCCAUGCUCGGCGGGUCAGUCUCGAUCCCCAUCUCGCUGUUCUGGGUUGGUUGGACAUGCUACAGCUCCGUCAGCAUCUGGGCGCCUAUCUGUGGCACUGUCUUGUUCGGAUAUGGUUUGAUGACUAUCUUCACCAGCGCGUACAUGUACAUCAUCGAUGUCUACCUCAUAUAUGCUGCGUCGGCGCUGAGUUUCAACGCUUUUGCGCGCUACACUGUCGCGGGCGGUAUGACUGUCGUUGGUAUCCCGAUGUUUGAGCGUCUUGGCCCGCAUUGGACUCUUACACUGCUAGGCUGCAUCAGUGUCCUUUUGGCUCCGAUUCCGUUUGUCUUGUAUCGCUAUGGCCCGAUGAUUCGCCAGAGGAGCAAGAAUGUUGUCAACAGGCAGCUUUAG